AUGGUUUCUACAUUCGACGAGUUAGUUCUAACCAUGAAGCAAUAUCCUUUUGAUGUAAUCUGCAUGAGCGAGACUUGGUUAAAAGACAAUCCACUGUUACUUCAGCACGUAAACAUACCCGGGUAUAGCUCUGAAUUCAGAAAUCGUGAUUCAAUAAAAGGAGGGGGCGUCGGAGCAUACAUCAAUGAAUCGUUAAAGUAUCGUCGAAGGAGUGAUAUUGAGAAGAAAGAACCCAGCCUUGAACAUUUAUGGCUCGAGUUCCCCGGCAGAAAUAAACAUAGCAAACUACUUGUGGGGACAAUAUAUCGCUCAGAAAAAAUGCUAAAAUGUACGGAAUGGCUGGAACGUUUUGAGAACCUACUCGGGUAUCUUACGGCUAGCUGGGAUGGUCUUAUUUUGAUAACUGGUGAUAUUAAUAUUGAUCUACUUGGACAUUCGAACUCUGUAACAACCCAAUACUUGGACAUGCUGUCGUCUUUGAACCUCUAUCAGCACGUCCAAAAACCAACUAGAACAACAUAUAAAUCCUCAACACUUAUAGACCAUAUAAUCUCAAAUUCACCCACGCGCAUCUCACAUACUGAUGUCUUACCUUGCCCAUUGGUCAGUGACCAUGACGCUGUUUAUGCCUGCAUCAACAUCAAAGUCACAAGAUUUGAGACACGAUACAAGUAUAUACGAUGCGAAAAAAACUUUAACGAUUUAAACUUCGUCGAAGACUUUAAAACGUUACCUCUCUCCGUAAUCUAUGGCGUUGCUGACCCUGAUGAAAAACUCGAUAUAUUAAAUUCUUUAAUUACAGAAUGUAUUGAAAGACAUGCGCCGCUAAGACGAACCAAGAUCACGAGACCCCCAGCACCAUGGCUCAAAGAUCCUACCAUCCAAGAUCUACAGGAGCAAAGAAACGUUCUCCAAGCCAGUGCUCGAAGAAGUAAGGAUGCCCAAGCGUGGGAACUAUUUCGUUCAGCUCGUAACCGCCUCAAAGCAUUAAUUAAAACUGCUAAAAAGAAAUUCACGCAAAAAAUGCUUUCUUCUAAGAAACCCAAGGAAGUAUGGAAAGUAAUACAUCGCAUCUUGCACCCAGAGCCGCGUAGGAUCACCAUUCACCCUGACAAACUCAAUUCUCAUUUUACUUCAACGGCAGAACGUACAAUCGGCACUGACGUCUAUGAUAACAACAGUUACGACACUAUAAGAAACAUGAUCGAUUCGCUUCCCCCAGACUACGACAAUGGCUUCCAUAUAAAUCCUGUCACACUGGGCGAAGUUGUAAAUGAAAUACGUUGUCUACGAGGAGACUGUUCCACAGGACCAGAUCACAUUCCAGCAAAAAUGAUCAAAAUUGUGGCCGAAUAUUUGGGUUCUCCAUUAACCGAUAUCAUUAACACCUGUAUCGCGAAUCGAAGCUUUCCGUCCGCGUGGAAGAUUGCGCGUAUUUGCGCAAUCCCAAAAGUUAAGCAAAUCACCUCUGAAAAUGACCUGCGGCCCAUAUCAAUCUUGCCAGUACUGUCGAAAGUGUAUGAACGCCUAAUCUUUCGCCAGCUUUCCAAAUUCAUCGAUGAUAACAAAUUACUGAGUAGCACCAUCUCUGCAUAUCGAAAGGGCCAAUCCACCACAACGGUCAUGCAAGCCAUACGAGAUGACAUCACGAAAGCAAUGAGUCGUGGAGAAGUCACGAUGAUGAUCUUCGCUGAUUUCUCGAAAGCUUUCGAUACGAUCCGUUUUAAAAAUCUCAUCUCGAAAAUGAGCAAACUGGGCUUCUGCAAGGAUUUUCUUACAUGGACACUAAAUUAUGUCUCACAUCGUAAACAGUACGUUCAGAUUGAUGAUAUUAGAUCGAAUACAACAAAUGUUAAUUUCGGCGUACCACAAGGAUCGAUAUUGGGGCCGGUUUUAUUUAA